GAUCCUCUUAUUGCGCGCCGCGUAAAUUCUCAAAACGUUCGCUCCGUAAUCCGUAGCCAGUUUUGCUCAAGGAACUUUUUAUACAUUUGUGAGACAGCUCCACCCCCUCUGCCUGUCGGCCCUUGAACACAUCGCCGGCUCCGGGCCGCGCCAGAGGGCGCGCGUCAGGAAUUCGCUGGUCAAGGAUGGUUCAGCCAGAGGAUGCCAAGGCAAAGACGGGCCCCAUCGAUGUGUCCUCCAUCCCAGUGGUGGCGAAGAACGAUGACGGCUUGCUCGCGCAGCCUGAAAAGCCGAAGUUCAAGACGGCUUUGGUUGAGAUUUAUGUGCCAUCGCAGGAAGGAGGCGGCAGCGACAAGAUCAGCAACGGCCAUCGUUACGAUUCCAUUCCGAUUGCGAAUGGCUUCAUUAAUGCAGGCAUGAGUUGCCAGCUGGUGAACUAUUGCAUCGAGAAGCACGACGAGUUCUUUGCGAUUCUCGAGAAGUUCGAUGCCAUUGUGGUGCGUUGCAACCCAGGGCAGGUCAAUGCGGCUGGCGGCAGCCAGAGGAAAUUCGAUGACGCGAUGAUGAAGUUGGCUGAGACUCGGCCGGUGUGGCCCACGCCAGAUGUAAUGGCGAAAAUGGGCGCGAAGAAGGCGCUGUGCAUGAUCAAGGACAUGGACAUCGGCUUGAAGGACACCCUGGGAUAUUACCAUCCAUCGGAGAUCGCGGCAGGCUUCAGGAAGACGAUCGCGUUCCAGCCCCGCGUGGUGAAGCAGAACCGCGGCUCUGCUGGCGAGGGCAUUUGGAUCAUAAAGCUGAAGUCUGGCGUCUAUUGCAAGAGCUUCGGCGAGAGAGAGGCCGCCGACGACGAGAUGUUGAUCCUGACGGAGGCGUGUGAUAAUCAUGUUGAGGAGCACACCGUAGGAGAGUUCAUCGAGUUUUGCGUGAACGGCCGCACAGAGAAGUCUGGCGAGUGGAAGUCCAUUGGAACUGGCAAGUACUUUGAGGGUGGCGAGGAGGCUGGAGGUCAGAUGGUCGACCAGCGCUUCUUGCCCAGGAUCGAGGAGGGCGAGACUCGUUUCAUGAUGGUUGGCAGCGAGCUGUACCGCAUCGAGCACUACGUGUACAUGGGUGGAGUCGGCGGUGAGACCAAGACGACCAUCUACCAGCCGGACGACCCCAUGUGGGCUGCACUCAAGGCGAAGCUGGAGUCUGAGGUCGAGCAGAUCAUGGCUGCCCUGGGCUUGCCCAUGACCGCUCUGCCCUUGUUGUGGUCAGCGGACUUCAUCCCGAUCGACGACCAUGUGGCCUCUCAUGUGGUGGGCGAGUUCAACUGUUCUUGCCUCGGGAUCUCUGCCUUCCUCGCGGCUCGAGGCAAGGACAUGGAUGCAGUCACGAAGGAGGACGCGGAAGUUGGGCAGGCGAUGUGCAAUCUCAUCGGGCAGAAGGCGUUGUCGGCCUGCGAGAGCUUCAAAAGUGAGAUCGCGGCAUUUGGAGGAGCCAUAUAUCCUCAUUGUGCUUUUGUUGGUGCAUGACAUGUGUUUCUUCUCGGUUGCUCUGACUGUUUGUGGCUGAAGCACCCGCAGAGUUUCGCAGCGUUCGUUUCUUGUCGGGUCUUGCCGACCAAAGCUUGUGAGCGUGUUGCUUCCGCACUGCCUCCGUGGAAUAGCCCCGGGAUUGUCGGUGCUGGUUUUUUCAGCAGUUGUUUUGCCAGCGCCGUGGUCAUUGGUUCAGCGUUAGCUUGUACAGGAACAGUCCAAUACUUUUGAAGAUCGUGUCCCUUUUCGCUUCUGGGCAGCGACGCUGGGGAAGGCCCCUGGUCCAGGACCUGCUCCCUUCGGGGACCCCGCGCCCUCGUGGUAAAUCACGCGCCGCCCUGCCGGCCCCCAAUCAGAGCGGGGGGCGCGACGCUGUCCUCGCGGGACUUCUUCGGGGCGCAACGGAGAGGAGAGCUCCGUCGAGGUUGUCGCCCGACCCCCAGCGGCCACGGGCAAUGCGCCAGCAUUGGCCCGGCCACCCGCACUUUUUUAUUGCGCGCCUUGGUGUCUGAAGGUUGCUUCGGACACCACCCCCGCUACGUCGGGUGAACCCACGGCUCGUUUGGUGCUGGGGGCCAACCCGUUGUGUUAGCCGCGCGUUGAGGUCCCAACGGCGAACCUCAGUGCACGCGCUGACCGCGCGCGGAAGUGCCCCGCGGUCAACCGCGCAUGUUUUGUCGGACGGGCAUUGUUUGCGAGGGUUGUCUGGCAAAAAAAUCGCCCGUCUUGCUGCUGUAUUCAAGUGCUGCUUCUACUUUAAAAGAUACGCGUAGUUUGACGCGGUUCGGCGCUCGGCCUUCCUUCUUGGAACGAAGGCCAAAGUGCAAUGGCAACCACGGGGGGCGCCGCGCUGGCGCCCGACGCCGCCCUGUUCGUCGGCCUCGCGCCCGCGAGGUACUAUUGCGCCUGAGUAGUGGAAAAAGAAUCUUCCACAUCCUCUGACGGUGCGCUCUCUCAUAUUUUGUUUUAUCUCGUAUCUACCGGCCUAGUCCCCAGCGAGGGGCGACCUAUGAAAUGCCAGGGCACGUUCACGAC